CAAUAAUCAGCAGUACUACCAAUCCCAUCUAAAUAAAUACUACCUGGACAGUAUUAUUAUUCCAAAGUUUUGUUUACAGUGAUUACUUUUCUAUUUAUUUACUGUUUUUUUUUGGUAAAAAUGCCUUUCGCCAUUAAAAAUUUGCAAAAGUCCCACUUGCAACCGCUAACAAAAUGUGAAACGUCUGAUGUGAUUACAUUGUGUAAAGUAGCAUUUGAUUAUUUAGCCCAUGGCCCGGAACAACAACAGGAAAUAUAUCAAGCCAUAGCUAAUAAAUAUGAUAAACAUUUUGAACGAGCAGAAGUCCAGUUAGCUGUAGAAGCUUUAAUUUCACUGCUAAUAGAAGCUACUAAAGCAAAAGCGGAUGAAAGCGAGUUAAGAAAGCCUUUAACAUUAGCAGGCUUUCAAGAGGAUACUGUAGAUAUUUUAACACAAUUCAUGACUAGUAAACGUAAUUUUAUUGAAGGUUCUAUUAAAACUGCCAAUAUACGAGCUUAUCGUCUGGUCAAUAUAGAAUGGCGUCUGGAAGUUAGAUUAGCCUCACGAGCCGUUAUGAAGCAAUCACAAGUAUUUGUAACGAUGAAAUUAUAUUUACACACCGAACCCAAGAAUGAAAAUCGCGAUUUAUUGGAGGAUGUAGAAGAUGCUCCAACACCAGUGCAUGAAGAUGAAAAACGAAAUCGCAAAGAUUUACUGGUGCAAACCGAUUUGAAUACCUUAAACUAUAUGAUACAUUCCCUCGAAGAAGCUUUAAUGGAAUCGCGUUCACGGCGUAUACGCAAUAUUGUGGAGGCCAUACAUUAGUUUGUAUUACAUACAUUUUAGUUUUCAUUCUUAAAUAUAUUUUCAACACAUCCAACAAUUUCUUUAAA